UUCUACUCUUGGAGAUUAGGAUGUAAGAAUGUAAAUGAGAAUGUGCGUUGAUAUUAGUUUAGAUAUUUCAUAGGAAAUUACAUAUAUGAUAUAAGAUUUAUGAAAGAAUCUAUUUGUUAUCGCAUUAAUUAUUACAAUAAAUAACUUUACUAUAUUUUUGAUUGACGACUAAUAAUAACUAUUUCAUAAGUUUUAUUAUUUGUAAAAGAUAUAAUUUUCUAGAAAAAUUUUCAGAGAGUUAUAUCACUUGAGUCAAUGAACAAGAUUUGAAAAGAUUAUAGCACUGAAUUUAUGCUAUGUCAACUGUUUUGUUUCAGUUGUCUUAAUAGGAACAUAAUUAUAAAUAAGUAUUAUAAAAGAAGAGAGAUAAGGAAAUCCACACGAAUCUAUUUAAAGGUAGAUAUAUUGUUAAUCGGUAGAGAAGUGUUGAAUUAUAAAGAAACUCUCAUUCAAUCUUCUUAUUUCAUAUAGCAUCGGCAACGUCAUCAAAAACCACAACAGCCGCAGAAAACACGACGACAACAGCAACAACAACUACAACUACAACUACAACUACAACUACAACUACAGCUACGACAAGCACAACCACAACAAGCGCAACCACAACCACAACAACAGCAAGCACAACAACGACAACGACAACGACAACAACAACUACAACUACAACUACAACAGCGACAACGACAACGACAACUACAACAACUACAACUACAACAAGCACAACAACAACAACAACAACAGGUGAUAUGUCCACAAUCUUCUCAAUCGGCCUGGUCACAAACUGCUACUACUAUAUUUGGCAGCCAAGCAGGUACAUCUGGCUCUACUCUUUCACUUCUUAAUAGUCCAAUUGGAAUGUAUUAUGAUCAAACUAACAAUAUGUUAAUCGUUGCGGAUUAUGGAAAUCAACGUAUUUUACAAUUUUCUAUCAGUAAUCCGCCUUCAGUUGCAACGGUAAUUGCUGGAAGUAAUGGCGGGGGUUGCAGUCUGAAUCAAUUUACGGCUACUAUUGGCGUAGCUCUUGAUAGUUCUGGUCGAUUGUUUGUAUCAGAUUCAUCAUGCAACCGGGUCGUUGUAUUUCCAUCAGGUUCAAAUUCAGCGACAUCUGGAACAUCUCUCGGUACAGUAGCUGUAGCAGAACAAAUAUCCAUAAAUGCAUUGACUAGUGAUAUUUAUGUAGCUGGCUAUAGUGAUAAUACAAUAUACAAGUUUGUCGGGGGUAGCGGAUCACCAGUGGUUGCAGCAGGUGGCAAUGGAGCUGGAAAUGCCUUAAAUCAGCUUUCAACACCAAAUGGUCUUUACUAUGAUUAUUUAUAUACAAAUGCUUUGUACGUUGCUGAUUCUGGUAAUAAUCGUGUUAUGAAAUUCCCAUCAGGUUCAACGAGUGCAACUUCUGGAACAGUUGUCGCUGGAGGUAAUGGAUCUGGAAGUGGAGCGACUCAGUUGAAUGGUCCAAGAACUAUAGUGGUUGAUAGUAGUGGAACUCUGUAUGUAUCUGAUGGAGGUAACAAUCGUGUUACACGUUGGUUGCCAAAUGCGGCUAGUGGUACUACAAUCGUUGGUGGUACUUCAGGAACAGCAUCGAAUCAACUCCAUUCUCCUGAAGUAAUCCUCUUUGAUAAAUAUGGUAACCUAUUGGUUAUUGAUAGAGGAAAUAAUCGAAUACAACUUUUUAAUUUAACAACAUGCUAG